AUCUAAAAGGCAACCCACACCCACACCCACACCCAAAACGCACAACAUAACCUACCCGCCUGCUCCUUUUCUCUCUAGUCAGUCGUCACUAUCCUUGUAAACCCUAAACCCUGACUUUAUUGCUCUCAUCUCAUUUGCAGAAGCCUCCGCUCCGAUAGCCCCCAACUCUCUCAGAUUUUUCAACAAAAAGUAAUGGGGAAGAAGAGAAAGCACAGCGAGGCUGAGGCUGCGACUCGAGAAAAGAAGGAGGAGGAGGUCGCUCCAGAGAGGCCUAAGCGAACGCUUUCCGGUUGGAAGGAGAAGAAGGAUGACCAAGUAAACCAAACUGAAUCAACGACAUUCUUUAGGAACAAAGAGAAGGUUUUGGUUACUUGUUCUCGUCGAAUUAGCUACAGGUAUCGGCAUUUGAUGUUGAAUGUGGUGGACCUAUUGCCUCAUUGUAAGAAGGACAAUAAAGUUGAGUCUAAGUCAAGUAACGGCGCAACUCUUAAUGAGCUGGUCGACCUAAAGAGUUGCUCUUCCUGUAUGUUUUUUGAGUGCAGGAAGGGGAAAGAUCUUUAUCUGUGGAUGUCAAAAUGUCCUAAUGGGCCAUCUGUGAAAUUCUUAGUGAAUGCUGUGCACACAAUGGAGGAAUUGAAGCUUACUGGAAAUCAUCUAAAAGGGUCACGACCUAUUCUGACUUUUUCAUCCAAUUUUGAUAAAGAUGCCCACUGGAAGCUUUUGAAGGAAAUGAUCACUCAGAUAUUUGGCAUUCCAAAGGAGCACAGGAAAUCUAAGCCCUAUCAUGAUCAUGUCUUUGUUUUCUCUAUCGUUGAUGACCACAUUUGGUUCCGAAACUAUCAGAUAUCGGUUCCACAUAACGAAUCAGAUAAAAUAGCUCGAGGGGGAUUAGAUAAAAUGACCCUUGUUGAGGUUGGACCACGAUUUUGUUUGAAUCCUAUCAAGAUAUUUGGCGGCAGCUUUGGAGGACCAACAUUAUAUGAGAAUCCAUUUUACAUAUCACCUAAUCAGAUUCGAGCACUGGAGAAAAAGAAGAAGGCCGGGCAUUAUGUGAAGAAAGUCAAGGCAAAGACGAGGAGAAAAAUGCAUGAGCUUGACAACCCACUUGAGGCUGAUGAGUUUUCUGAGAUGUGGAAGGAAUGAAAACUUUCAACUCCUGUUCUUCCCUUUGAAAAACAGAAUUAUGAUUUACAAGUCAUGUUGUAUCCCAUACAUGGAAAUGGCAGAUUUUGGUUCUAACUGCCCAUGCUCUUCCAAAUAUUAAUUCUGUCCCAGCUGGAUUAUUAGCUUUUACAUACAUAUGCAAGCGUGGUUUUGUUGCAUUUUCUUA